AGCUGCCCAGUCGGCGCGAGUUCCCGCAACUGUUUCUGUGCGGCGCGAGCCUUGUGCCUCGCUCUUCCCCCACUGGCGGUGGCUGCGGCGGCGGCAGCGGCUGGAGGGAGCGGAGGCGAGCGGGCGUCGGGCUCCAUGGAGAGCGGCGGACGCCCGGGCAGAGGCGGCGCUUCCUCUCUGGCAUCCGGGCUCCAGUGACCCGCGCUCGCGCCUUGUCCCCCAUCGGAGCGGGCGCCGGCACCGGGACUGACCGGCCUCGCUGCCCCUCCCCGUGCUGCCGCCUUGCCUCCCGGCGCCUCGGCGCCCCGACUCGCCCUCACCCCAAAACCCCGGCGGGGUGGCGGCGGCCGGACCCCCGCGGCGGCGGCCGGAGCAGCGGCGGCAGCAAGAUCCCGCCUCUAUGAUGAAGUUCAAGCCCAACCAGACGCGGACGUACGACCGCGAGGGCUUCAAGAAGCGGGCGGCGUGCCUGUGCUUCCGGAGCGAGCAGGAGGACGAGGUGCUGUUGGUGAGCAGUAGUCGGCACCCAGACCAAUGGAUUGUCCCAGGAGGAGGAAUGGAACCUGAGGAGGAGCCUGGUGGUGCUGCUGUGAGGGAGGUCUAUGAAGAGGCUGGAGUCAAAGGAAAAUUAGGCAGACUCCUGGGCAUUUUUGAGCAGAACCAAGACCGAAAGCACAGAACAUAUGUUUAUGUUCUUACUGUCACUGAAAUAUUAGAAGAUUGGGAAGAUUCUGUUAACAUAGGAAGGAAGAGAGAAUGGUUCAAAGUGGAAGAUGCCAUCAAAGUUCUUCAGUGUCAUAAGCCUGUACAUGCAGAGUAUCUGGAAAAACUAAAGCUGGGUUGUUCUCCAACCAAUGGAAAUCCCACAGUCCCCUCCCUUCCAGAUAAUAAUUCUUUGUUUGUGACUGCUGCACAGACCUCUGGGUUGCCAUCUACUAUAAGAUAGAAUGAACAGGGAGGAUCUUCUCCUGCCAUGUGCAGUGGGGAGAGGCUUCUUUAUUUUCCUUGGCAGACAUCUGAAUGACGUUUGCAAACUGUCUGAAUUUGCCAUGCAGGGUUUUCAAACAAUUUGCAUGUAUUUCAGAUGCUUUUAAAUCUUUUUUUUAAAUAGUGUAAAAUAUUUUAAUAAGCCAAAGCCAUGUGGGAUUUUUUUUAGAUGCCUUAAUUGUCCUCUUUCCACCCCCAUCUCCCCAUGUUAUCUCAGCCAUUGUUUUAUUCCAGCAUCUUUUCAAGAUUUCUGUCCAUUUGACAACAUUCUGGUUUUUGUCAGAUCAAUUUAUUUGUGGGCUUAUUUGCCCACUAUAUUGUUUUCUUAUUCACAUCAUUAACAUACUCAAGAAAUCCUUCUGUUGUGGGAAUUUAUAAAACUAGUUCUUUGUAUUAAAUCCAUUCAUAAGUUGUUCGACAGGGCCAAAAUUUUAAUUUGUAAAUUCCAAAUUUUGGCUAUUUCUGUAUGAUCCAAUAACUCUGAGACGAGACUUAAUUUGCUAUUUAUAGGCAUCUGUCAACUGAUUGUCUCAUUUUUAAUACUAACACCCUUUUAUUAGUCUUCCUACAAAUUUUGACAACUGAUAAUGUCACAAGGUACCUGAUAUGGCUAUUUCCUCUAUAACUCACUCAAUAGUCCUGUAACACAGUAUAGUAUAACUCUCUAGAGGAUGAUUUUUUUUUUUUUUAAAUUAAGGGGGUAGUAUUGUAAGCAAAAUGCAUGUAGUGAGAUAUCGUGAAAACUAUAUUCAUGGAUUUUGAGUUAGCACAUUCAGUUGCCAACUCCGUCUAUCCAUAAUCUCUACAUAGAACACCUGAAGACCGUAUUUCUCAAAUUUCCUUAUAUAAAAAAAUUUUCAAUUUUUGAUUGGUGUCACCUUUUCAGUUUAAACUUGGUUACUGACCAUAAGAUUGGAGUCUUAUCGCAAACAUGGUCAGUAACUGUCAUGCUCAAAUAAAAUGGUCUUCUGUUAAGCAGAGACAGUUAAUUGUUAGGGCGUGUGAGAAUAUCUCAUCUGUUAAAGGUUUCAAUAGGUAACUAUUUGUCAUAGGCACUAGAACAUACCUGAGCUAAGAAAUAUUUUGUCUUACACUUGACUUUAUACUCACUCUAAAGCAAGAAUCCCAUCUAAAGCACAUGCAUCCUUUAACUGAAACUCCCGUAGUCCCCAACCAGAAAUGGAGGAGGAGAGAAAUUUGAAAAUAAUGUGGGGUUGGGUUUGUAAAUAUUGUGGCUGGUGAGUAUAAAGUAGAAAAUAAAUGUAGUUAUAUAUUCUACAAAUUGUUAACCUCUUAAAACUACAAUUGCUGCUAAAAGUAGAGUACUGUUACACUUACAGAAAAUUGGUGCCACUGUUUUGAAAAUGAGAUCUUCUGCCACAAAUGUAGCCAAACUAAAUAUUAACAUUAGUUCACAAAUUGAUGGUGUCAAAGGAAUGAGUAAAAGUAGAAAACCUUUAGCCAGUGACAUUUUGUUCUAAAUUAUGUGCUGUGAUCAAAUAUGAUCAUCCAGGAUUUUUAUAUUUUUCUUUUUACAGAAGUUAUGUAUUCUGGGUGUUUUUUAAAAAGGAAACAUUUUAGAUCCCACAAAUUGACAAUUUCUGUCAAUCUUCAGUAGACUAAGUUUUUUCUUCCUCAAUAGUCUGAGGUUUCUUUAAAUUAUAUAUUUAACACAACAGAGAAACUGGAUUGUUUUUGUAUAUAUGACUGCGUCCACCGAAAAUGCUGUCUCAAGUACUGUGGGGGGUAUCUUGUACAUGAUAUUCUUAGAGGUAAUAAUGCAUGAACUUAUUUUGUAAACUUGGACUAUGUAUUUUACAUGUAAAAUAUGUACAGUAUUAAUGUCAGCCAUCUCUCAAAAGUGAGCCUAUAAAUAUUGUUGUAUUAUUUUCUUUGGUCAGAGACAUUUGGACUAAGUAGUGCUGCUCUCUUCAGAAUUUUCUUCAGUGGCAUUUAGCAAACACCUUGUCUUUAGACUUGUCAUUAAAUUUCCAGAAUUAAAGGAAGGGCCUCAAGAUUUAUUUCUGUUAAGAGAUUCAACAGUUGAAUCUACUCUGGAUAACAAUGUACUAUCUCAGCCCUCUUAACUGUAGUGUGUUGGGACUGUCAGUUGUGCUUUUUGUGGGGUAGUUGGAUAAAAUCGAGUAAACUUUUCA